CAACUUUGGAAGUUGGAAUUUACUAGCAUUACUUUUACUAGUCUACUGUCAACAUUACUAGCAUUACUUCAGCAUUGACUUCAUAGGAGAUGAAGACUUUAUCAUCAUCAUCAUCAUUCUACUGUCUAAGCAACGCAUGCAAUUGAUCUGCAACUAUGAACCACCGGCGCCUUUUCCUGUGUUCAUUUUUGGUGUGCUUUGUGCUUCCAUGUCACCCUACUACUACUACUACUACUAGAGACAUCAUCACCAGUGGAAACAGUUUACUCAAAGAUGGAGAAACUAUUGUUUCAGCUGGGAAGAGUUUUGAGCUAGGGUUCUUUCCUCCUCAGGGUGCAAACAGAUAUGGCCGCAGAUAUGUGGGGAUAUGGUAUUAUGGACACAAUCCUCGAACAAUCGUCUGGGUUGCCAACAGGGAUAACCCGUGUUCAGAUUCUCCAGGAGCCAUUAUUGCCAUUCAAGAAGGUAACCUUACUAUAUCAAGCGGAAAUGGAGAUUCUUGUUUCUCCGUGGGACAUCGAUAUCCCUCCACCCCCAGGUCUUACAACCGGACAGCACAGCUUUUGGAUUCAGGGAAUUUGGUUUUCAGGGACGAAUCAGGGGAAAUACUGUGGCAGAGUUUCGAUUACCCAACCGAUACUUUCCUCCCCGGGAUGAAGAUGACACCGGGGGGCUUAAAAUUGGUUUCCUGGAAAACCUCUCAGGACCAGCCUGCAACUGGGAAUUACACAUUCCAGCUUGAUAAAGGCACGGCCCAGUACAUCAUUCUGAAGAGAACAGUAACGUACUGGAAAGGUGGCGUUGGAGACGGAUUAACCAGUUUAAGUGGUAUACCCACUGCUGUAUACUUCUUGCUAUUGAAUUUUAGUGCGGCAAACUUCCCAAACCUGCCUUUAUACCAUAAUCCAAGACUAUUGAUGAAUUCCUCUGGGCAAAUACAGUUCUAUAUCUGGGAUAAUAGCGAGGCUAGCUGGUCUUUGCAAUGGGCACAGCCAAGGGAUAAUUGCAGCGUGUAUAACUUCUGUGGGACGUUUGCUAGCUGUAGCAUCAACUAUGGUUCAAUCUGCAAGUGUUUGCCGGGGUUUAAACCUACUAAUCCAGAUGAUUGGGGAGCUGAAGAAUUUUCAGGUGGUUGUUCUAGAAAGUCAGAUAUUAGCUGCAACCAGAAUGCCACGAGAGACACAUUCUUUAAUCUCACUUCAAUGAUUCUUGGGAAACCAGACCCGCGUAUUACAAAUGCUAAGAGUGAAGAAGAAUGCAAACAGGAUUGCCUUCGUGAUUGCCAGUGCCAGGCUUAUUCGUAUAGUGCAGUGGAUCGAAGACAAAGAGGGACUAGUGACGUUAGACUCGAAUGCAGAAUUUGGACAUCUAAUUUAGCUGGUCUCCAAAAGGAUGACACCAUUGGUCUUAGCCUUUCCGUCCGUGUUGCAAUUUCUGACUUAGAACGAACAAGGAGGGACUGUCUCCCUUGUGGUUUAAAGUCGAUACCAUAUCCUUUAAGCACUCAACCAGACUGUGGAGAUCCUCUGUACAGUAGUUUCUCCUGUAAAGAGUCCACAGGCGAUUUAAGUUUCCAAACAGUGAAUAAUUCCUAUCUUGUCACUGGUAUCGACUUCAACACCCAAAGAUUUUUUAUUGAAGUCGAUAUGGAAAAUUCUCAUACAUGUAAUUCCAGAAACCCAACUGAUGGAGUCGCACUCAACGAUUCAUUGCCAUUCAAUGUGACCAACUGGUGUUAUAUUGACGACAUUGAUCAAUUACUGAAUCAACGCAAAGAUAGUAUAGAGAUUGGUUGGAACCCUCCACCGGAGCCAACUUGUAGUGCUCGUAUUCACUGUGAGGAUUGGCCCAACUCAAUUUGCAAUGCUACAAAUCAAGGGCAGGGGAGGUGCCAAUGCAAAUCAGGUUUCAAAUGGGAUGCCUCAAGCUUAAAUUGUACCUCAGUAAUGACAGAAGCAGGGUCAUCAACCGAAAGGACAAAAUCUUCUGUGAAGUUCAGAUCAGUGAUUAUUUUUAUCUCAGUGGUUCUAGUGCUUGUAAUUUUGUGCAGCAUUGGCUACAUAAUUUAUAGAAGAAAUUUGGUUCAUGAAAGAAAGGACCAAGAGGAUGACUUGUUCACUGAGGAUGAUAAGAAAGCUAUUGACAUUCCAUUUUUUAGCCUGGAAAUCAUAUUGGCAGCAACAGAGAGUUUCUCUGAUGCAAACAAGCUUGGACAAGGGGGUUUUGGCCCGGUUUAUAAGGGUAUUUUUCCAGGAGGGCAAGAAAUUGCUGUGAAAAGGUUGUUGAGCCACAGUGGACAAGGCGUGAAUGAAUUCAAGAACGAGAUUGUGUUGAUUGCCAAGCUUCAACACCGCAAUCUAGUGAAACUUGUAGGCUACUGCAUCACAACAAAUGAAAAGAUUUUGUUGUAUGAAUACAUGCCGAACAAAAGCUUAGAUGCCAUCAUAUUUGAUUGCACACUCUCUGCGACACUGGAUUGGAAAAUGAGGUUCGACAUCAUAUUGGGCAUUGCUAGAGGUCUUCUUUAUCUUCACCAAGAUUCAAGGUUGAGGGUCAUUCAUAGGGAUCUUAAAGCUAGCAACAUUUUAUUAGAUCGAGAGAUGAACCCCAAGAUUUCAGAUUUUGGGCUGGCAAGAAUCGUUGAAGGAAAAAGCAUAGAAGCCAAUACAAAGAAAGUUGUUGGCACCCUUGGGUAUAUGCCUCCAGAAUACGCAAUGGAGGGGCUCUUCUCAAUCAAAUCGGAUGUUUUUAGUUUUGGUGUUGUUGUACUUGAGAUCAUCAGCGGAAGGAAAAACACAUCAUUUUUCCAGUCUCAAGAAUCCUUGAACCUCUUAGGCCAUGCAUGGAAGUUUUGGAUGGAAGAGAAGGCACUGGAUAUGAUGGAUCCGACUCUACUCUCAUCUUGCAACCAAAGUGAAGUGUUGAAAUGCAUAAAUAUGGGGCUGCUGUGCGUGCAAGAAGAUCCAAACGAUCGACCAACAAUGUCCAAUGUUGUUAUAAUGCUUGUGACUGAAAGCAUGAGUCUUCCACAGCCGAAGCAGCCAGCUUUUGUAGCAAGGAGGCGUGUCUCCGACACGCCGUCUUCUUCUUCGUCCAAGAAAAGUACCUACUCCAACAAUGAAGUCACUGCUUCAGUGCUGGUAGAAGGUCGAUACUCCGUGCACUCCUAUGCAGCCAUGGAGCUGAGACUGAAUAGUUGUUCUCUCUGGCAUUCUCUGUUCUUCUUCUUCUUCUUCUUCUUCUUCAUCAAUUCUCCAGAAAUCUCUCUGGGAUCAAACAUCCUCACCACAGCAGACAAACCGCUAACUCUUGGAGUAAAUCUUGUCUCUGAAAAUAGAAGAUUUGAGAUGGGUUUCUUCACUCCGGGUAAGUCAUCUAAUUACUACGCAGGCAUUUGGUACAACCUGAUAUCGCCUCAAACAGUGAUUUGGGUUGCCAAUAGGAUAGCUCCGAUUUACCCUGCCGACAUGGAUUCAGCUCAGCUUAACAUCCAAGACGGGAACUUGGUGCUGAUAACUGGAAGCAGAAAGUCGCUUUGGUCAACCAAUCUCAACUACUCUGAGUCGCCCAAGAAUCCCGUUCAAGCAACGCUUCUCAAUACCGGAAACUUGGUUCUUUCCGACGGCCCGUAUUCUAACACCACUCCGCCGCUCUGGCAGAGCUUCGAUCAUCCGGCGGACACGCUCAUGCCCCACGCGCGACUCGGGUACAAUAAGCGCACGAACGAGAAACAGUCGCUCACUUCAUGGCGGAACUCGGAGGAUCCGGCGCCGGGACCGUACAGUCUCGAGAUGGACCCCACGAUUGCGCAGUAUGUUGUGAAGUGGAACGGAAUAGAGCAAUACUGGAGCAGUGGACCCUGGGAUGGCCGUGCAUUUAAGGAUCUUCCCAAUUCUUUGUACGAUUUCAGCUAUGUCAACAAUGUGAACGAGAGCUAUUCGACGUAUUUCCCCAACGACCCUUCCGUGAUCUCAAGACUCUCAAUCACUGUGACGGGCCAAAUCCAGCAGUUUACAUAUAGCGGUCAGUGGCAAAGCGUCUUUAAUCGGCCGGAAAAACAAUGCGACGUUUAUGCUUCUUGCGGCCCGUUUGGCGUGUGUAACGAGAAUUCGUCUUCUGUUUGUGAAUGCUUGCCCGGUUUCAGCGUCAAGUCGGAUAAAGAUUGGAGAUUGAAGGAUUUUUCCGGCGGCUGUGCCAGGAAUGUGAAGUUGCAAUGUGCGAAUGCAAGUGCCCCAAAGGACAACUUUGAUCCGACCACGAAUAUGAAAUUGCCCAGACAGCCUCAAAAUGUGACAGUUCGGAGCUCUCAACAAUGCGAAUCAGUUUGUCUGCGGAAUUGUUCCUGCACUGCUUAUGCUUAUGAUACUAACAAUGGUUGCUUAAUAUGGAAUGAUGAAUUCUUGAAUCUCUCAAAAGAUGAUAGAAAUGGAAGCACAAUUCGGAUUAGACUCGCUGAAUCUGAACAUGGAGCUGUCCAAGUUGGAAAUCACAAGUCAUCAGGGAAACUCAAAGCAAUCAUACCUGCAACUAUAGCCGUUGCCAUUCUAGUUGUUUGUGUCUUUUUCUACAUUUACUACAGACAUAGGAGAAACGCGAAACAUAGAGAAAAUGAAAGUAACAAUCAAGAGAUUCAAUUGCACGAAGUGUAUGACAGUGACAGAGAAGGCAUGAUAGAAGAACAUGAUGAGAAAGGGAUCGACGUUCCAUUCUUCAGUUUCGAAAGUAUAUUAGUUGCUACAGACAACUUUUCUGAUGCGAAUAAGCUUGGACGUGGAGGUUUUGGUCCCGUUUACAAGGGUGUAUUCGAAGGAGGUCGAGAAAUAGCAGUAAAAAGGUUAUCAAAAGAAUCCGGACAAGGCAGCAAUGAAUUUAAGAAUGAAGUUAUACUAAUUGCAAAGCUUCAACAUCGGAAUCUAGUUCGCCUUUUGGGCUACUGCAUUAAAGGAAAAGAAAAGAUUCUGCUCUACGAAUAUAUGCCAAACAAAAGUUUAGACACCUGGAUAUUUGAUCGAAACUUAAGUGCACAACUGGAUUGGGAGAAGCGAUUUGACAUUAUAUUGGGGAUUGCUCGAGGGCUAUUGUAUCUCCAUCAUGAUUCAAGAUUGAGGGUCAUUCAUAGAGAUUUAAAAACGAGUAACAUUUUGUUAGAUGAAGAAAUGAAUCCCAAAAUUUCAGAUUUUGGAUUGGCAAGGAUUGUUGAAGGCAAAAGAACUGAAGCAAACACCACCAAGGUUGUUGGGACAUAUGGUUAUAUGUCACCAGAAUACGCAUUAGAUGGACUAUUCUCAACAAAAUCAGACGUAUUUAGUUUUGGAGUAGUUGUCCUGGAGAUCAUCAGUGGCAAGAAAAAUAGCGGGUUUUAUCAUCUUGAUGAAUCUUCAAACCUAUUAGGCUAUGCAUGGAGAUUGUGGAGCGAAGAAAGAACGAAGGAUUUAGUAGACCAGCCACUCCUUCCACUUGAACCAAACCAUGAAACCGAAGUCUUCAAGUGUAUAAAUGUCGGGUUGUUGUGUGUACAAGAAGAUCCAGGCGUUCGCCCUAGCAUGUCUAACGUACUCAUUAUGCUCGGGAGCGAUAGUAUGAGUAUCCCGAGAGCCAAUCAACCAGCUUUCGUCGCAAGGGCGCGCAUGACAUCUGGCACUUCGUCAUCUGCUUCCUCUAGUAAGCCAUACUCCAACAACCAAAUGACAAUUACAGCUCAAGAAGGUAGAUAAGGGAAGAUUUUGUACAAUGCUAGUUUAGUAGUUUUUCAGUCUACUGAGAAACACAGAGGAGUCACUGUUUUAUUCAUUUAAUUCUUUAUAUGACUUCUUCCUCGUACAUAAUCCAUGUAGAAUGUUAAAUUUUUUGUAUAGCCGCAAGUGGUCAAUGUUCAAUACUGAACGCCCACAAGAUUUAAGAUUUAUAAGAAUGUGAACACAUUAAAGUUUUGGUUCUGACCUCUUUUUAUAACUAAACCAAGAAAUUCAUAA